AUGUCGGCAAUCAAGAUGAAUGUUGAAAAAUCUAGCUUGUAUACCGCGGGAGUGCAUGGAAAAGAGUUGGAGCAUAUUCUUGCUUAUACUAGCAUUACCAAGGGUUCUAUGCAUUUCCCUACUCAAGGAUCCCACUUUGCCUCACUAUCUUAUGCGGGUAGAGUAGAGCUUGUGAGAACCGUUCUUCAAGUUGUAGAAUGUUUUUGGUUGUUCAUUUUUGCCAUUUCGGCUACGGUUGCCUCUAAAAUCACUAUAUUAUGUUGGAACUUCCUAUGGGUAGACACAAAGCCAUUGGUUGCUUGGAACAACAUUUGCCUACCAAAGCAUGAAGGAAGACUUGUUUUAGAGAUAUUAAAAACUGGAAUUGCGAGCUACUCUCCAAAAUGCUUUGGAACAUACAUAUCAAAAAAGAUACCAUUUGGAUCAAAUGGGUCGACCAAGUAUAUCUUCGAGGGACAAACAUUUGACAGUUGGUGGAGACAGGUUUGUGCUGCUAGAUGCAGACAAUUCAGGCUACUGUUGAUAGGCUCUAUAGUGGACGAAGGCAGGCAGCUUCAACAUUAA